UCUAUUUGUUUAUUUACUUUCUAGUUGAGUUUUAUUAUUAUAUUUUAUUAGUAUUCAAAAAAUCAAUAAAAUUCGUUUAAAUAAAGUGUCUUAUUAAGAAAAAGAAAACCAAAAACAACGAUGAUAGCAUUUAUAAGACAUAUUUUUAAACUACAGUUUCUGCUCAUCAUAGUGGCCGUUUUGGCUGGUGUCUAUUAUCCGGAAAUUUUGGAUAUGUUAAAAACAUAUAUUUUGCCAUUUGGCAGUGAUAAUGUAGAAGUGCAUUAUGAAAGUGCCGAAAAACUACAAGAUGUUAAACUCUUCACUAAAGCGGAAUUGGCCAAGUUUAAUGGUGAAAAUGACACACCAAUUUACCUGUCUCUAUUGGGCCGAGUUUAUGACGUCUCUAAAGGCGCCAAACAUUAUGGACCCGGUUGUUCGUAUAGCUAUUUUGCUGGACGAGAUGCUUCGGUUUCUUUUAUUACUGGAGAAUUUGAAACAUUUGUGGAGGAAGAAGCUGAUGAUGUCUUAACGCUUAAGCCUUCGGAGCUGCUAAGUCUAGAUAAUUGGCAAAAAUUCUAUGAUAGCGAUUAUGUGUACAAGGGCAAACUCAUAGGACGUUUUUAUGAUGCCAACGGAGAGCCCACUAAAUAUUAUCAUAAAUAUUUAGCUUUAUUAGAGCAAGCUCAAGAUGCCAAAGCUGCUGGAGAAGAAUUAAGACUUAAAUAUCCCGAUUGUAAUAUUGAAUGGUCCCGGGAGAAGGGUUCUCAUGUUUGGUGCACUCUCAAUAGUGGUGGCAAGGAACGUGAUUGGGUGGGCUAUCCUCGCAAACUAUAUCAAGUCGGUAGUGAUAAUUUUAGAUGUGCUUGUUUGCGUAAAGAAGAUUUGGAUACAACUGAAGUGAUGGUCAAACCUUAUGAUGAUUGUGACACUUUUGCUCAUGAAUGUUACUAUCAUGUAGAUUAGAGUUUGUUUUAUGACUUUGUUACUUCUUCGUAGAGUAAAUUUUGAAAUGCAAUACAAAUUUUUUUUUGUAACUUAUGUACUUAGUGAUUUUUAUAUACAAUCAAUAUAUACAAAUUUUAUAUACAUACAUAUUUAAAAAUAAAUAUUUAAAAAAG